AUGAAGGUGAGUAGGCAGAAAACGGAGUACCUUUGUAUGAGGGAUCAAGAUCCAGAGAGAGCAGUAGAAAUGCAGGGUAUGAAGCUGAACAGAGUCCGCGAGUUUAAGUACCUUGGUUCCACAGUGCAGAGCGACGGGGCAUCGGACAAGGAGGUUGGUAAGAGGAUACAGGCGGGAUGGAAUGCUUGGAGAAAGAUCACUGGGCUGCUAUGUGACAGACGGGUCAAAGCAAAGCUGAAGGGCCGGCUAUUCAAGACAAUGGUACGACCGGCGAUGCUGUAUGGGAUGGAGGCAGUCGCGGUAACGAAGGGACAAGAGAGGAAGAUGGAAGCAGCUGAGAUGAGGAUGCUACGAUUCUCACUGGGGAAGACCAGGCUAGACCGGGUACGAAACAGCACCAUCAUAGAGACAGUUGGGGCAGGCGAACUGGAGAAGAAGCUGGGGGAGUGCAGGCUCAAGGGACCAUAA